CACACUUCCUGAAUAUAGUCCUCUGACUGAACACGGACAGAGCCAUUGGCAGGAAAAAACUUUAUAAGUCAAACCGAAAAAGAGGGAAGUGCUGCUCAUUUAGGUGAACUCACAGUGUUGGCGAUUAAUUGUUUCCUUGAAGCAGACCUAUAAACAAUGCCUCCACCACGAGUGAACAAACGGCCCCGUAAUGAACCCACAACAAGAGAUGAAAAGGGCUCUCUCACAAAGCCUAUAAAGUUCUUGGAUCAGGACUAUCUUGAAUUGCGCAAGAACUGCCUCAUCAAUAAACGGAGAUACGAAGAUGUGAUGUUCCCUCCAGACAACAGCUCCAUUGACCCACAGAAGACGCUUGGAUUAGAUCUGGACCAAGUCAAGUGGUUGAGGCCAUCUGAAAUAGUGGAAGACCCUCAACUCAUUGUAGAUGAUGUGUCCAGGUUUGACUAUUCCCAAGGAUCCUAUUUAGGAAACUGCUGGUUUCUUGCUUCUGUUGGGGCUUUAACCUUUCAGAGGGACAUCGUGGACCAGGUCAUGCCAACAGACCAGUCAUUCGGUAAAGAUUAUGCUGGGAUAUUUCACUUCAAAUUCUGGCGGUUUGGGAAAUGGUUUGAUGUUGUCAUUGAUGACAAACUGCCAACAAUCAAACGCAAGCUCAUUUUUGUGCAUUCAAAAACAUCAAAUGAGUUUUGGCCUGCCUUGCUGGAAAAAGCUUAUGCAAAGGUGUGCGGCUCCUACGCUGACAUGAACGCUGGUUAUGUAUCUGAGGCCCUAAUGGACUUCACUGGUGGGGUGCACGUAUACUAUGAACUGAAAACAGCUCCCGCUGAUUUAUGGAACCUGAUGGACCGUGCAGUCAAUACAAAGGCCCUGAUGGGCUGCGGCACUCCUCAAGGGGAAACAUCUGAAAACACUGAAUUACCUAAUGGCAUUAUUCAGGGCCAUGCGUAUACAGUGACAGGGGUUUUCAAGGUAACAUACCAAGGAAAACCAGUAAAGCUGGUGAGAGUGUUAAACCCAUGGGGAAAGGGCGAGUGGAUUGGUGACUGGAGUGACAAAUCACCAUUGUGGAGCAAAGUGAGUCAAAAGGAUCAAUCCAUGUGUCGUUCUUUGGCCAAUGACGGGGAGUUCUGGAUGUCAAUGGAGGAUUUCACCAAAAGCUUUGAAGACCUUGAUAUUUGUUGCCUCCGCCCUGAUUUUCUGGAUGGUUCUUCUGAAUGCAUUUGGACAUCUACAUGCUUCAAUGGCAGCUGGGAUGCUGGGACCACAGCUGGUGGCUGCAUAAAUAAUAGAGACACUUUCUGGACCAACCCUCAGUUUCGGGUGAGGAUCAGUGAGGACUCUGCUACUGAAAAUAUACUUGUGUCCUUGAUGCAGAAACACGAGGAUAGACACAGAAGUCUUAAUUCUAACUAUGCCAUUGGCUUCUCUGUUUAUGCGAUACCUCCAGAGGCAAGUAAAAUAUAAAAUGUCAUAUUGUGCAACUUAUAAGUUGGGUUAUUCUGAUGAGUGUUAG